AGAUUCUUUGAGUCACGUGGUAACCUUUGGUGUAUAUAAGGAGAACGCAUCUUCGUUACUUCAGUGCAACUUUACACCGGUUGAGCUCAGCACCACUGAACAAACAAAGAUGUUCCGACUUAUCUCCCUUGCCUGCAUCAUCGCCGGCGUCACGGCUCUGGGUUACACCACAGAUUAUGACACCUAUCCUAAAUAUGGUCGCUAUGAUUAUUCAUAUGGACCGAAUUACUAUGGAUACCUCGGAGGUCUUCAGGGAGGAUUCAACAAUGGACUAUUCGGAGUUGGUGGAGGAGCAGCCGCUGCUUCCGCUGCCUCCGCCGGAAAUGCCGCCGCUGCCACAGCUGCUGCUGUCGCUGGUCAAAAUGCCGCCGCCGCCACAGCCGCCGCCGCCGGUAACGCUGCCGCUGCUUCUGCUGCCGCCACGUCUUCAAAUUUCGGAGUACCCUAUGGUAUCUUUAACCAAGGAUACAGUUACUAUAGCCCAGGAUACAACUACUAUAGCCCAGGACACAAUUACUUUGGUACAGGAUACAACCCCUUAAGUAGUUACGGCUACUUCCCUUACUACAACAACUACUUGAGCUACCAGUACGGCCCCUCCUACUUGUACGGCAACUACAUCCCUAACGUUGGAUUUGGAGGAGGCUCUGCCGCCGCAUCCGCUUCCGCCGCCAGUGGUUUUGGAGGAUCCGCUGCCGCUACCGCUGCCGCCGCUGGAGGUGGGAUAAAUAUUGGUGCACCUGGUUUUGGAGUCGGUGGCCCUGUCUUUGGCGGAUCUGGACCUUACAUUCCACGAAGAAGCAGAAAGGUUUACUAGACAGAAGGCACGUAUGUUCGACCAUGAGAUGUUUUUGUUUGUUUAAUUUUAUUUACAUAUAAUAAAUUCAGCAUACUAGAA